AUGUGGUCUUAUUUAGUCGUUUUAAUUUCUAUAUUUUCGUUUUCCAUAUGCUGGUUGUCCACCGGACACUGCAUCAACUCCACUACUGCUCUCUUUCCUACUUCCCCACUCUCUUUCAUGCUUCCCCACUCUCGUUUCUUGCAGUUUCAGAGCGUGCAAAACGGCCUGAAGAGGAGGAGCACAAAGAGCUAUUCAACUACGGCGAUGACGGCGAAUUGCUGGGUGAUGGUUUGUCAACACCUGUCAGCUAAUGUCUUUAUGGAGGUUAAAACAAAUUCCGCAUUUAUGUUUGGUAAAAAUCGUCGUUAGGCAGCUUGCCGAAUGGAUUCACAUCGUCAUCAUGUUUGGCAAUCGUAACCGCUCCACUGAUGUAGUACUACCGAUGCCUCGUCUCAUGGUAUCCUAAUUCUUCUUGUAGCAGCGUCUUCGACCGUUUCUAACCUACCGCAGCCGGUGGUUCCCUGUUACAGCUAUCACCCGGGAUCGUGACGAUACCGCACUCCAAACAAGGCGAAAAGACCGGAACCACUCAGAUGAGCAGGACGAGUGGUGGGUGAGGUACUCGUACUACAUCUAGUUCUGGUUUUUGCGUGGUGACGUGACCACAUACUUGUUGUAUUACAUCAUGAUCUUCCCUGCCUUAUCAUCUUACGCCUGAUGUCUCUCCAACAAAUUUUCCUCCAGAUAAUUUGGCUGCGGCUCUCGCAGACCCGGAACCUAUCAGUGUAUAAGCCAAGUAAAGGGGAAGAUGGGGAUGUGAUACGAACGCAGCAAUGAGAUUGAAUUGAUAGAAAAAAAUGUACACCUAUUCAUUGAACUCGAAACGAACGACACUGAUAUUGAAUGAACGCACAACUACAGCUGAAGUACUUACUACAAAUGAACAUACAACUUCUUCUGACGAAUUUUGGUUGUGUCGAAAUGGAUGCUAUACAUAGAAGUUCUUUUAAUAAUGCAUUACGGCUUAACUACUUCUGCGACAAGCAACUUACAAAUCAAUGAGUACUAAGCUUCUACUGACGAUGACUUCAUCAGGCUUUCCAUAUAUAAAAUGCCAACCCCAAGAGAGACCUGACUGCUGCAGAGGACCAUAUGUGUGCUAGAAACAAAAUCUAUGUGUAGAAAGAUAAACCCGCUGAAUGAACACUUCGCCUUCUAGAAAGAAUCCGCAUGGAAAACCAAACGGCUUUCAUCGCGACACUCUUUGAAGAUGGUGUCUUCAUCAAUCUAUCAUCUGCUCUGUCCUCUUAAAAAGAUACAAGUGUGCUGCACUGAGGUUGAAAACAAUCUUCAAUUUUGUUCUUGCCAGCACCGCAGGCAGCUAGGGCCAUUCGAG